CCGCCGCCCCCCUGCGGGAGAUGGAACAGCGGAGCCGGCUCUGUGCCCUCGGAUACCUGCCGCCGCUGCUGCUGCACGCCCUGCUGCUCCUAGUCGCCGACGCUACAUUCACUGAAGUCCCCAAAGAUGUAACCGUGAGGGAAGGGGAUGACAUCGAAAUGCCCUGCGCGUUCCGGGCCAGCGGAGCCACCUCGUAUUCACUGGAGAUUCAGUGGUGGUACCUCAAGGAGCCUCCUCGGGAGCUGCUGCACGAGCUGGCGCUCAGUGUGCCCGGCGCCCGGAGCAAG